AUGGCAUCUCGUUCGGGUUCCGACUUGACUUCCUUUUUUUCAACAUUAAUCAAUCCAUUUCGAUUACUCUCACAUCAAGAUCUGUAUGAUAAUAUUUACAGUUUAGAGUUUUUGUUUUCAAAUACUUUCGAGUAUUUUUUAAAAUCGGAUGCAUCGCGUUCCGCUAUUACUGACACUGGUGAAGAUAAUGUAGAACCAUCGAUAGAAAGUCCAACGCCCAACAAUAUACACGAUGACAAUUUAGAUGGUGAAGACACUGAUAGUUCAUUUGAUAGUGAUUGUUUUAGUGAUAUUGAUAGUGGAUAUGAUGAAAGUGAUGAUAUUAGUGUAAAUCAUUAUGGAUAUCUAUCUUCAUUAAACCGUGGAUAUCAGUUGCGAACAAGUAGUACUUAUUUUCCUCACAGUUUAGUGUACGAUUUCAUAAAUAGUUAUUAUGUAGAUUUAAACAGUGAAGAAUCACCAACAAAUAAACCUUUGUCGGAUAAAGAUAUUGACAAGCUAGAGACAUUAAAGACUUGUUCUAACGAAAAUGCAUUCGAUAACUGCGCAAUCUGUUUAGAAGAUGUAAAGGAAAAUGAAACAAUUAUGAAAUUAAAAUGCAAUCAUACAUAUCAUAAACAAUGUUUAAUUCCUUGGCUUAAAACAUCAGGUAUAUGUCCAAAAUGUAGAGAUUGCAUCAAAGCUUAA